AUGGCAGAACAACAACAACCUUCUCUUUCCACUUUAUUAUUCCGAUAUUCAGCGGUCAUGGUGUUGUGCACCCUUUCCUAUCUGAUUCAUAAUCAAUACAUUGAAAAUAAUUUUAACAAACAAUAUGAAAAAUCUGGAUGGAUCAUGGACUUGGAACAACAUUAUGCACAAUUUGCAAAAAAUACAACCAUCAUUCCACCGAUAACGAACGAUACUGAAUUUUCAAAUUCUACUUUUUCAAACUUGACCUCACAAUUCAAAACAUUUUCGUUGAAUAUUGAUCCAACAAUUUGGCCAAAUAUCACACAAGAACUUGAAUCACGAGUGCUGACAGCUGUCGUGGUUCAAUUUUACUCUCCUCAAAGUGUAUAUUCUCAAAAAUUAACUGAACAUUGGAAAGAACUAACACAAUUAUUGUAUUCAAAUCCAGACAUGAUUAGAACAAUAAGGAUUUGUCAAUACAAUGUAAAUUCCAGACAGGCCUAUAUUUACACCAAGUCCAUGAUUGGACGAGGUCUAAUCACAUCAUUUCCAUCGAUCUUGCUUUUUUAUGCUAAUCCAAUUCAAAAAACAAUUUCGACCAAGUCUUUUAUUUAUGACAUUCGUUCAGUGAGUCUUAUGAAGAAGUUUAUUGAAAAUUCGCUCGAUGCCAUCAAGAAAUAA